AUGGCCACUGACAGUGUCGGAAUCAUUGGCUCGGGCCCAUCCGCCUUGAUAACUGCCCACACUCUUAUCCAGGACGGAUUCUCAGACGUGCAAAUCCUGUCGCGGGACAGUACCCCAGGCGGGGUGUGGUCCUCAGCUCGAGUCUAUCCCGACUUGCAAAUCAACAAUGUUCACGGCGAAUACCACUUCACUGGGCUAGAAAUGCCUGCAACCGCGUCGGGCCGCGUCACCGGAGAGGACAUGCGUGUUUACAUGCAAAAUUUUGCCAGCCAAAUGCUCGACGGACACAUUCGGUAUCAAGUCGAAGUACUCAGUAUCCGGCGGGAUGAUGCGGCCUCGCAAUGGUUCGUCACCGUCGAGAGUGUCUCUACCAAGCAGCAAGAGACCUUGCAAUUUUCGCGGAUUGUCCUCUGUACCGGGGGAUGCGACACACCAAAAAUUCCCGAGGCUCUUUCCGAGUCCGCUGCGCGGAGCGCGAACUUCAAAGGGAAGGUGAUUCACUCGAAACACUUCGCCGCCAGACUACCGGAAAUCGAGCAAAAAACAAAGAGCAUUGUUAUCGUGGGAGGGGGAAAGUCUGCUCAAGAUAUGGCCGCCUGUUUGGCCAACAGGGGCUGCGAUGUGACUGUGGUUUUCGAAAAAACCGACGCAUUCUUAGCAAGCCCGUCGACGCUUCCGCCGUUCAUUCGCAAGAGCAGGCCGGUGCUCUCUAUAUUGCUGUCUAUUAUGGCCGGACACCGAGUGCUCCACACCCGGCUGGAGCGCUUCUUCCACACCACGUGGCUGGGCAGCUGCCUCGUAUGGAUAUUCUGGGUCCUGCUCAAAUACGCCUCUCUUUUCGCUGCCGGCAUAACGCCCUUCUCCCGGGGCCCACUCCGCCCCGAGCACUUCCACCCGCUCUUCUGGAGCACCAGCGUUAACGACGAAGGCGUCCCGUCCGCCACCGGGUUCCAUGCGCUUGUCCAACAAGGUAAGAUACAGGUGGUCGUACCCGCUCGGCUGCAAGGGUUUGGAAAGGACGGCGUGUCAGUUGUGACUACAGACUGGCGCAGCAUCCCUGCGGAUAUAUUGCUCCUCGCGACGGGGUACCAGUCGUCCUGGGCCAGUCUGUUUGAUGAGCAAACAGCAAAGAGUCUUGGGAUGGCCCCGACGAUGCUGAAAUUUCCGGGCGACGAAGAGAGUGAAGCUACUCUUUUCCCCCACCGCUUGGUUGGCGCCAAACCGCAAGCCCGUCCGGCUGCCGAGAAAUUCGGACGGGCCACGCAUAUCUAUCAAGGCAUUGUUCCGAGCAAGAAUAUUGCUCGGAGGGACUUUGCGAUCAACGGCGCUGUGUUUACGACAAACAUCGGCUACACAUGGGAGGUGGUGGCCCAUUGGAUCUCGUCCUACUUUCUCAACGAGCCAAGCCUGCGGGUCCCUGCAACACCCGAGGAAGCCGACGAGGUCGCGAAAACAGACGAAGCGUGGAUGCAUCUGCGGUACCCAGAUUGGUUGCAUGUCAACGAGUCGUAUAGCAGCCUAAUUGCAUUUUGGACAUGGCCACAGUAUACCGACCAACUUUUGCAGGACAUAGGCCUGUCAAAUAUGCGGUCUGGGGGUAACUGGUUCAGCUGGCCCUUCAAAGUUGUUGACCUCAAGGAGAUCUCGACGUUGAAGGAGGAAAGGGCAGCCAACAGGAGCAGAGGAGGUCUUUAG